ACGGGCGAUGCCGACUGCCUCGAGUUUUUGACAACCCGCGUUUUCAUCUCGUGUGUUUUCCUCCGAUUUUUCAUUAACAAACCGCAAAAGUAACGACGUGACAUGUAAGACAUUAACAGAGAAACAUUCAAAAUGUGACAAAAGCUUGAACUUCAUCCCGGGAGGGGCUGUUACCUCGACGGACGUCCAACCUAACCUCGCUGCAGCAUCUAACACCAAUUUGCGGAGGAGGUCCUGCCGGGUGGAAGACUCAGGGUUUUUGAUGUUGCUGUAAAGUGAAGAUUGAUAAAAGAACCAAAAUGGCACCGCCCGAUCCCUUGACGCAGAUGAACACAUAUCGGUCUUACGUGACCAUGCUGGCCGAUCCAGGUUCGAAGGACGAAUUGAAGCUGAAGGCGGCGCAAGAAUUGUCCGAAAAUUUCGAGGUGAUCAUGUGCUCCCCGCAGUAUCCCGCGUUCCUGGAUCACCUCAUGAAGAUUUUCCUGAAGAUCCUUCAAGAGGGAGAGCCGCAUUUCAUAUCGGAGUACAAUAUACAGCAAGUCAGAAAGUUGAUCCUGGAGAUGAUCCACAGGCUGCCGACUAACGAAUUCCUGCGGCCUUACGUUAAACAAAUCCUGAGCCUCAUGAUGAAGCUCCUCGAGACCGAAAACGAGGAGAACAUUUUGGUCUGCCUUAGGAUCAUAAUCGAGCUUCAUAAGCAGUACAGGCCGACGUUUAAUCCCGAAAUCCAGCACUUCCUGCAGUUCGUAAAGUCGAUAUACAGCGAAUUGCCGAAACACUUGCCAAAGAUUUUCGAGCCUCGGCCACCCCUAAGGGUAAAGGACCUCUCCGAAAUUAACAUCGAGGCCCUGAUGAAGGAAACGUUCACUAUAACAGCCAUUCAGAGCGAGAAAAAGGCGGCUGAUGGAACGGUAGUGACGUACAACCUCAUCCCGAAGGCGGUUCUGUCUCUGAAGGUCCUCCAGGAGUUGCCGAUAAUAGUGGUCCUAAUGUACCAGAUCUACAAGCAAAACGUGCAUCAAGACGUCUCGGACUUCAUCCCUCUGAUAAUGACGACGAUAAACCUACAGCCGAGUCCUCAGCAUCGAGGUUCCCCGAGUUUCAACAAGGAGGUCUUCGUGGACUUCAUGGGAGCACAGAUCAAGACCCUGUCGUUCUUGGCCUACAUCAUCAGGAUUUACCAGGACGUGGUGUCCCAGCAUAGUAACAUGAUGGUGAAGGGUAUGCUAGGAUUGUUGACCUUGUGCCCGAUGGAGGUAGCCCAUUUACGCAAGGAGCUCUUGAUCGCUGCGAGGCAUAUCCUGGCGACGGACUUGAGGAACAAAUUCGUUCCCCACAUGGAGCGCCUGUUCGACGAGGAGGUUCUUCUAGGUCAUGGCUGGACGACCUACGAGUCCUUGAGACCAUUAGCCUACUCCACCCUGGCCGACUUGGUCCACCACGUUAGGCAGCUUCUGCCGUUGAGUGACCUCGCGAGAGCCGUGCACCUCUUCAGCAAAAACGUCCACGACCAAAGUCUACCUACGACCAUCCAGACGAUGUCCUGCAAGCUGCUUCUGAACCUGGUCGAGUGUAUCCGCCAGCGAUCGGAUGCAGAAAACAGCAGCCAGGGUCGGGAACUACUGAUGAGGAUGCUGGAGGUCUUCGUGCUUAAAUUCAAGACUAUCACCAAAUUGCAGAUGCCGGUUCUUCUUAGCAAGUCCAAACAGAUCUGCCCAUCCGGCGGGGUGGAGAUCAAGACCGAGGACAUUAAACAGACCAUUGCUGAGCUGAACGAGGAGAAAGACGCUGGAAAGUCAAAAUUCGGAUUCCCGGCAUCCCAGGCAUCGAAUUACAACGUCGCCGAUUACAGGAGUCUAGUUAAGACCCUGGUCUGCGGUGUCAAGACCAUAACUUGGGGUUGCGCUAACUGUAAGUCCGGAGAGGUGGCUCAAUCCAAACAGUUCCAGCCUAAAGAGACCUUGGUCUUUAUCAGGCUGGUCAAAUGGGCCCUUCAGGCUCUGGACAUCUACACGAUCGGCCCCCCAGCUGUAGGACCGGUUGCCCAACCUGGAAGACCAGCACAACCCCAAACGGUUAGGACCAAAGAGGAAAAAGAAGUGCUCGAGCACUUCAGCGGGGUCUUCUCCAUGAUGAAUCCCCAGACCUUCCAGGAAAUCUUCUCCACUACGAUCGAUUACAUGGUAGAGAGGAUCUUCAAGAACUGCGCCCUUCAGAUCGUCGGGAACUCCUUUCUGGCCAACCCCACCACGUCGCCUAUAUUCGCGACGGUCUUGGUCGAGUACCUCUUGGAACGGAUGGACGACAUGGGGUCUAACGUGGAAAGGAGCAACCUCUACCUCAGACUGUUCAAACUCGUCUUUGGCAGUGUAUCGUUGUUCCCUGCGGAGAAUGAACACAUGUUAAGGCCGCAUCUGCACCAGAUAGUGAACAGAUCCAUGGAACUAGCCAUGUCCGCCAAGGAACCGUACAAUUACUUCCUGCUCCUGCGAGCAUUAUUUAGGUCUAUAGGCGGUGGGUCUCAUGAUCUCUUGUAUCAGGAAUUCCUACCACUCCUGCCGAACCUACUGGAGGGUUUGAACAGGCUCCAAUCGGGCCUCCACAAGCAACACAUGAAAGAUCUAUUCGUAGAACUGUGUCUUACAGUGCCAGUAAGACUCAGUUCGCUGCUACCGUAUCUACCUAUGCUGAUGGACCCCUUGGUCUCGGCAUUGAACGGAAGUCAUACGUUAGUUAGUCAAGGUCUCAGAACCCUAGAACUAUGCGUGGACAACCUACAGCCAGACUUCCUGUACGAGCACAUCCAGCCGGUCAGGGCUGACCUGAUGCAAGCUUUAUGGAGAACCUUGAGAAACCCAACGGACCAGGUCGCCCAUGUAGCCUUCAGAGUAUUAGGAAAAUUUGGAGGUGGGAACAGGAAGAUGAUGAUCGAGCCUCAGAAACUGGAGUACAACGAUCGCGAGACCAAUUCUCCGGCUAUAGUAGCCUAUUUCCAGGAGCCCAGCAAGCCCAUAGAUUUCCCAGUCGAGAAGGUCAUCGAGACCGCGUUCACGGCCCUGAAGUCCAACUCCACCGACUCGUUCUACAGGAGGCAAUGUUGGGAGGUGAUCAACUGCUACUUAGCUGCAUCCUUGAGGUUGGAGGACGACAGAGCCACGCUGUACAAGCUCUUCAUGCACCCCAGCUUCAAGGAGGGGAAGAUCCCCCAUCAACAAGGUCCGCAUUACAAGUGCUCCGACUCGGUGGCCAGGAACGUCCAGCAGACGGCUCUGACGGGGCUGUUCGUGGCCGCGGCCAUUAAAGAACUGAGGCAUUUGGUCCUGGGGACGAUGGUGUCUCUGGUAAGGCACUACACCAUGGUAGCCAUAGCCCAACAAGCCGGGCCUUUCUGCUUAACGGGACGUCAACCGCGGAUCCAGGGACAGGAUGCUCUGGUCAUCGUGGACGCAUUGGCCGUCAUCAUGGGCCACGAGGAAAAGGAACUCUGUAAGCCUGGCCAUCUAGCCUUGGUCCUCAUCCUAGAGACUGCCACUAAUAUCCUAGGAACUAAGGAAAGAGCCUGCCAACUGCCACUGAUGGAGUACCUGGCGGAGAGGAUGUGUUCCCUCUGCUACGAGAGAGCCUGGUACGCGAAGCUAGGAGGCUGCAUCGCCAUCAAGUUCCUCUUCGAGAGGAUGGCCACAAAGUGGGUACUCCGGCAUCUGUUCGUUUUCCUGAAAGCGCUAAUGUUCGUCAUGAUGGACCUAACCGGGGAGGUAUCCAACGGAGCCAUAGACAUGGCCAAGGCCAACCUGGAAAAAAUGCUGAGAGUAUGCGUGGAUCCUGGGAUCCAGGACGGAUCCCCGGAGUUGAUCGAAGCCCAAAACAAAAGCCUUUACGAAGUCACUCACGAGCUUGUUCGCCAAGUGACCUCGCCACAUACCAUGGUCAGGGAGCAGGCCAUGGCCUCGUUAAGGCUUCUAGGAGAAAUACAAAACAAAACCGUGACCGAGGUCAUGGAACCUCACAAAGAAGUCCUGGCUGACAUGAUCCCACCCAAGAAGCACCUUCUGCGGCAUCAGCCGGCUAACGCGCAGAUCGGACUUAUGGAUGGCAACACUUUCUGCACCACCCUGACGCCUCGACUGUUCACCAUAGACCUAACCGUGAUGGAGCAUAAGGUCUUCUUCCACGAAUUGUUAGCUUUGAGCGAGGCUGAGGACGCGAACCUGAACAAACUUCCGUGCUAUAAGUCCGUGUCGAAUUUAAUUCCCCUCAGGAAGAGUGCCCUGAGAGCCCUUGCGGCGUGUCACUACAUCGUGGCGUGUAGAGAGAAGAUCUUCGAGGUGCUCUAUAAGGCCCUGGAGAAGCCGAAAGCUGAACUGCAGGAGGCGGCCUUCGAAUGCAUGCAAAAGUUCAUCGCCGGCUUCCAGAUCGACAUGGAGUCCGUGCACGCCAUCAUCAGGCCGAUGCUUCUGACCCUGGGGGAUCACAGGAACCUCAGCCUGAACUGUGUCAAGAGGCUGUCUUACCUUACGCAAUUGUUUCCCAGCACCUUCAGUAUCACCCUGUGCGAACAGUUACUUCAGCACCUGAAGAAGCUCCUGGAGAACCUGAUCCAGGCCCACAAGGGAGUCUCCAGGUCCGGAGAGAACGAGCAGAAGAUCGCCACGAUCAUCGGGAUCUUCCAUCAGAUUCCUGCGGCCACCCCUAAAUUUAUAGACGUCCUCUGCAGGCUGGUCUUGCAGACGGAGAAGUCGCUGCUGGUGGAGGCUUCCAGCCCGUUCAGGAUACCGCUAAUGAGGUUCUUGCUUAGGUACCCUGUGGAAACCUUGAAUCUGUUUUUACACGACAACAACAUUAAGGACCAACAGUGGAGCAGGUACCUGGAGUUCCUCAUCAAGCAUAAAGAUGGGAAACCUUUCAGGGAUGUUCUGCACAGUCUCACUGCUAGAUUGAUCACCAUGUUGUUGGCCCAUUCCCAGACCACGUCCAACCUGAACCACAACGAGAAGAGCGAACUUCAGCAUCAGACCGUCAGAAUAGUCUCGGUCUUGAUCAAAUUCGACGAGCAGUGGUUGUCGACUCAAAGCCAACUAGUCUCUGCCUUGAAGCAGAUUUGGUGCAACGACGAGUACCAGGCAUUGCAUAAAAAGGUGGACAGCGUUGACUUCUGCCACUGGAAGGAACCGAAGCUCAUAGUGAAGAUCCUGCUCCAUUAUUUCCGGCACCACCCCAACGACAUCGACCUGCUGUUCCAGCUGCUGAGGGCGACCUGCGACAGAUUCAUCCCGGACUUCCAGUUCCUCAGGGACUUCCUGGAGAACACAGUGGCUCAGGAGUACACGGUAGAGUGGAAGCGAAGUGCCUUCUUCAGGUUCGUCGAGCACUUCCCGACCAACAACAUGUCCCAGGAGCUAAAAGCGAAGGUGCUCCAGCUGAUCAUCAUCCCGUGUUUCGCUACCAGCUUCGAAAGGGGCGAGGGCGUUAAAUUGGUGGGCGGUGCACCGAUGCCAGAUCAGGACAACCCUGAAAAUGUGGUGUCGGUCUUCAUCAGUAAAGUAAUAGACCCCGACAACCCAUUCGGAUCGGCAGAUUGCGUCAGGAUAUCCCUGCUGCAGUUCUCCUGCCUGUUGGUGGAGCAGGCUUCUCAACAUAUUCACGAUGUGACUAACAAAAGGCAAGGAGACAAGCUGAGGAGGCUGAUGACGUUCGCUUGGCCCUGUCUUCUAGGAAAGAAUUGCGUAGACCCAGCUACGAGGUAUCAUGGACACCUUUUGCUGAGCCAUAUCAUUGCGAAAUUCGCUAUCCACAAGAGGAUAGUCCUCCAGGUCUUCCACAGCUUGUUGAAGGCUCAUGCGGUGGAGGCCAGGAACGUCGUCAGGCAGGCCCUGGAAAUCCUUACCCCCGCCAUGCCAGUCAGGAUGGAGGACGGCAACACCAUGCUGACCCACUGGACCAAAAAGAUCAUCGUGGAAGAGGGCCACUCGAUGCAGCAGCUCUUCCACAUCCUGCAAUUAGUUGUUCGCCAUUACAAAGUCUAUUAUCCGGUUAGGCACCACCUGGUCCAGCACAUGGUCAACUCCAUUCAACGUCUGGGGUUCAGCCCUACUGCUACGAUAGAGCACAGAAGGCUAGCCGUCGAGCUGGCCGAGGUCAUCAUCAAGUGGGAACUCCACAGGAUCAAGGACGAAGCCGAGAACGCCGACAACGGAGGCGCAACCGGCACCAUGACGGGGGCCCCGAAGAGACCAGCUCCUGAUGAUAACGUUGGAACUAAGAGAUUGGCUACUCAGGCUCCAUCGACCAGCGCCGCGAUUCCCUCUGUGACUCCCAGGAUGGAACCGAGUGCGACAAAACCCAUAGAGAGGGCCCAUGCCGACGCCAUCUUGAAUUUCCUUCUGAGAUUGGCCUGCCAGGUAAACGAUGCCACUACCACGCAGGGAAACCCUGGAGAACAGCUGUCCAGGAGAUGCGUAACGCUGCUGAAGAUGGCCCUGAAGCCCGACGUGUGGCCCCAAACUUGUGACCUGAAAUUGGCUUGGUUGGACAAGGUAUUCGCCAGCGUGGACAGCGCUCAGCCUAAUUAUGGGAACAUCUGCACUGCUUUGGAGUUGCUGACGUUCCUGCUGGGGGUCAUGAAGAGAGAGCAGAUCCUAGCUAGUUUCAAGCCUCUUCAGAGAGGACUCGGGACUUGCAUCGCUAGUAAUAAUACCAAGGUCAUCAGACUGGUCCAUGGAUUGUUGUCUAGACUGAUGACGAUCUUCCCCACGGAGCCGACAUCUUCCACCGUGGCGUCCAAGUACGAGGAAUUGGACACCUUGUACACUACCGUUGGGAAGUUCAUCUUCGACGGGCUUGCCGCGUACGAGAAGAACACCUCGGCAAGCCCUAGCACCUUGUUCGGUACCCUGAUGAUGCUGAAGGCAGCCUGCACGAAUAAUCAGAGCUACAUCGACAGGCUGAUCACACCGUUUAUGAGGGUUCUCCACAGGAUGGCGAAGGAUCACCUUCAUCCAACACAGACAGAGGCAAACCCUGUCGGCAGCGAACUCCUGAUCUUGAGUUUGGACCUGGUCAAAAAUAGAGUCGUAGUCAUGGGGGUGGAGAUGAGGAAGUCGUUCAUAGGGUCCAUCCUCGUGGGCCUCAUCGAGAAGACCCAGGACAUCAAGGUGAUGAAGGCCAUCACCAAGAUGCUGGAGGAGUGGAUGAAGAACAAGAACCCCAUUGCCGUCAACCAGGCUCCGAGUCUUCGAGAAAAGUCCAUUCUUCUGGUGAAGAUGAUGCAGUACGUGGAGAAGAGGUUCCCUGACGACCUGGAGCUAAAUGCGCAGUUCCUGGACCUGGUCAACUUCGUCUACAGGGACGAGACUUUGAAGUCUUCGGAGUUGACGUCGAAGCUGGAGCCGGCGUUCCUCUCGGGAUUGAGAUGCGUCCAACCGCAGAUAAGGGCGAAGUUCUUCGAGGUGUUCGACGGGUCCAUGAGGAGGAGACUGCCGGACAGGUUACUGUACAUAAUUUGCAGCCAGAGCUGGGACGCGAUGGGGCCCCAUUACUGGAUAAAGCAGUGCAUAGAGCUGCUGAUAGUCACGGCCAGUUCCACGACCCAGAUCCAGAUGUCCAAUCAGGACACACUGUUAUCCAGCAUCACUUCGGUGAUAAACAUGGCCGACAGCGAGGACCACAAGAACUUUGUCAUCUACACCUCGGUGAAGGAGGAACCGCAGGAGAUCGAGUCCGGGGACGUCAAGGACGAUAUCCUGGACCUGGACCUAUCCAAUGUGGACCCGGCGACCGUCCCCGAAGAGAUCGGUACCUGCCGGAAGGCCAACCUGACCCAGCUGAUAGCCAAGCAGGGGGAGUUCCUGGAAAAUGCCAGAAAAAUCAGGACGGAGCAGCUGCUGAAUGCCGCUGCUCAGUUGUGCCAUAUGGACACCAGUCUGGCCGAGCGAGUGUGGCUGGACACCUUCCCCAGGCUCUGGGCCAUCCUGGACGAGCACCAGCACAACACCUUGAUCGCUGAAAUGGUUCCCUUCGUGUGCAGCGGCACUCACGUUAUCCAGAAGGACUGUCAUCCCAGUGCCAUCGCGACAUUCGUCGAGGCCCUAGCACACUGCGACCCCCAGGUCCCAAUGAGGCCAGCCUUGAUGAAGUACUUGGGGAGGUCCCACAACCUCUGGCACAGGAUGACCCUGAGUCUGGAGCAGAUGGCCUUUGACAAUGGCGGCAAUCAGUUCAGAAAUAAAAGAGAGUCCGACUGCUACGACUUCGAACCCGAUAACAGUCCUCAUGCCGAGGUGCUGGAUUCGCUGUCGGACAUGUACUCCUUGCUCUGCGAGGAGGACAUGUGGUCCGGCCUCUGGCAGAAGCACGCCCAUUACAAGGAGACCCUGCAGGCCACGGCCCUGGAGCAGCAAGGAUUCUUCGAGCAGGCCCAGGGAGCCUACGACGUGGCCAUGACCAAAUUUAAGCAGGAUUACGUGACCACUCCGGCACCCUUCAAGACUCAGAGAGAGGCCAUCCUCUGGGAACAGCACUGGAUCCGCUGCGCCAAAGAGCUGAACCAGUGGGACCUGUUGCUGGACUACGGCAGCAAGAAAGCGGAGAAGAACCCCUUCUUGAUCCUCGAGAGCUCCUGGAGGAUCCCAAACUGGAGCAUGAUGAAGGAAGCGCUGGCCCAGGUGGAGCACAACUGCCCCAAAGAGAUGGCCUGGAAGGUAAAUCUGUACAGAGGGUUCUUGGCGAUCUGCCACAGCGAAGAUCAGCAUCUGAGCGCAGUCGAGAGGUACGUCGAGCUAGCUUCCGGUCUCUGCAUGAGAGAAUGGAGGAGACUGCCUCAUAUAGUCAGCCACAUCCACCUACCGCUGCUCCAAGCUGCUCAGCAGAUCAUGGAGCUGCAGGAGGCGAUGCAGAUCCACCAGGGUCUGCUGCACGGCAGGAGCUCCUCUCUCCACGACAUGAAGGCCAUUGUCAAGACCUGGAGAAACAGACUUCCGGUCAUAGCCGAUGACCUCAGCCACUGGUCCGACAUCUUCACCUGGCGGCAACAUCACUAUACCUUUAUUUCCAGCCACUAUGACGCCCAACAGGAUCAGACCACCAACCACUCCAUGCUGGGGGUCCAUGCCUCGGCACAGGCCAUCAUCCAUUUCGGCAAGAUCGCCAGGAAACACAAUCUUUCCGGGGUGUGUCUGGACUCCCUGUCUAGGAUCUACACCAUACCCAGUGUCCCCAUCGUCGACUGCUUCCAGAAGAUCAGGCAACAGGUCAAGUGCUACCUGCAAAUGGCCUCGGUCACUGGGAAGAACGAACUCCAGGAGGGUCUCGAGGUCAUCGAGUCCACGAACCUGAAGUACUUCACCAAGGAGAUGACUGCCGAGUUCUACGCCCUGAAGGGGAUGCUGUUGUCGCAGAUCGGGAGGUCCGACGACGCCAACAAGGCGUUCUCCGCUGCGGUCCAGCUUCAUGAUACCUUGGUCAAGGCGUGGGCCUUAUGGGGGGAUUAUCUGGAGCAUAUCUUUACCAGGGAUGCCAGACAGAUCUCGAUAGGAGUUUCCGCCAUCACCUGCUUCCUUCAUGCCUGCAGACAUCAGAACGAGUCCAAGUCCAGGAAGUAUCUCGCUAAAGUUCUCUGGCUGCUGACCUAUGAUGACGACAAGUUCUCGUUAAUGGAGGCUGUCGAUAAGUACGCCGUUGGGGUUCCUCCCAUUCAGUGGCUACCUUGGAUCCCCCAGCUCCUGAUGUGCCUGGUCAGGCACGAAGGCAACGUUAUUCUCAACUUGUUGAGCCAAGUUGGGCGGAUGUUCCCUCAAGCUGUGUACUUCUCCAUCAGGACGUUGUACUUGACCCUGAAGAUCGAGCAGAGGGAGAGGUACAAGAGCGCCGAGUUGGCUGCUGGAAAGGGACACGAUGGGACCGAAGGUAGAACUGGAACUUCUGGUGGUCCUCAAAAUCAAGGAGUCCCGGAAACUGGGCCCAUCAGAGCUACUCCUCCUAUGUGGAGGUGCUCGAAGAUCAUGCACAUGCAGAGGGACAUACAUCCUACGAUUUUGUCCAGUCUGGAAGGAAUCGUGGACCAGAUGGUAUGGUUCAGGGAGACUUGGUACGAAGAGGUUCUUCGGCAACUCAGACAAGGUCUCGCCAAGUGCUACGCGAUAGCCUUUGAAAACCGUGGAGCCGUCAGCGAGGCGACCAUCACUCCUCACACGCUGAACUUUGUGAAAAAACUCGUAUCUACCUUUGGCAUUGGGAUAGGUAAGGAAAUCAGAGCCCAGAAUAUAUCGUCCUCCCAGAACGUGAACAAUAGUUUCGGAUCCGCAGCUUCCGAAUCCUUGGCUAGAAGGGCCCAGGCCACCGUUCAGGAUCCUGUUUUCCAGAAGAUGAAAGGCCAGUUCACGAGCGACUUCGAUUUCACCGUGCCUGGGGCACGGUUGCUUCACAAUUUGAUUAACAAAUUGAAAAAGUGGAUAAAGAUCCUGGAGGGGAAGACGAAACAGCUGCCGAAGUCGUUCCUGAUAGAGGAGAAGUGCCGAUUCCUCAGCAACUUCAGCCUGAAAACGGCAGAGGUCGAAUUGCCUGGAGAGUUCCUGCUGCCUAAACAUUCCCAUUACUACGUGAGAAUCGCAAGGUUCAUGCCUCGAGUCGAAGUAGUGCAAAGACACAACACUGCAGCUCGCAGGCUUCGAAUCAGAGGUCACAAUGGAAGGCUCUAUCCUUAUCUAGUCGUAAACGAUGCAGGACUCGGGGACGCUCGUAGAGAAGAACGGGUCCUACAGUUACUUAGGAUGUUGAAUCACUAUCUGGCGAAGCAAAAGGAAACAUCCAGGAGAUUCCUCCACUUCACGGUGCCCAGGGUUGUUGCGGUCUCUCCCCAGAUGAGGCUCGUGGAAGAUAACCCGGCCUCGGUGUCCUUGCUGGACAUCUACAAACAAGGAUGCGCCAAGUUAGGAAUAGAACACGAUGCACCCAUUGCCAGGUACUACGAAAGAUUAGCCACCGUCCAAGCAAGAGGAGCUCAAGCCAGCCACCAAGUGUUAAGAGAUAUUCUGAAGGAAGUCCAGACCACCAUGGUGUCCAGGAACAUGCUCAAAGACUGGGCCCUGAAGACCUUCCCAGGGGCCACGGACUACUGGACUUUUAGGAAAAUGUUUACAUUACAACUUUCUCUGGCGUGUUUCGCUGAAUACGUCCUACACUUAACGAGAUUGAACCCGGACAUGAUGUAUGUACAUCAGGAUUCUGGCCUAAUUAACAUAGCGUAUUUCAAAUUCGACGUUGACGACACUUCCGGGGAGUUGGAUGCGAAUAGGCCGGUUCCUUUCAGACUGACGCCGAAUAUUUUGGAGUUCCUGACCAGUACCGGGGUAUCCGGCCCGUUGACGGCUUCGGCCAUAGCCACUGCGAGGUGCUUGGUUCAACCCUCGUUCAAAGUUCACACGAUCCUCAGGGCGAUUUUGAGAGACGAGGUGAUAGCCGACCACAAUAAAAAACAGGAAGACUCAGAGAACGCUUCGCAAACUCCGACUGACAUGAAAGGCGAACUUCUUAUAACAAUGGUGACACGUGCUGUCACGGCCAUUGUCACUAGAUUGAACUCCCUGGCUAACUUUGACGGGACUGACAGCAAAGUCAGCACUCUUGUCGCAGCUGCGAACAGCCAUGACAAUCUGUGUCGGAUGGACCCAUCUUGGCACCCCUGGCUCUAAAAGCUUCAUUUAGGGAAUCUAAUUAAAUUCCUUAGAAUUUCGAAGGAAACACCGAGACUGAUCCUGAUCUUUGUACGAUACUCUUAAGACACAUAAUCUGGGAUUAUGCCCCGCCAAACACUUACGAGUCUCUUCCCUUUUAAGACAAUGUGGUUACGAAGGACGUUUUGUACAUUUGCUCGGUGUAGCUAAGAAUGUAGCUACACAACCUGAGAGCCUUGCUGAAAUUUGAAAACAAUAGUAACGGUGACAGUGCUUUAACUUAAAAUAGUCUUCGUCGAAGGUAGUCCUGGCGGCGAAGAGACAGAAACUACUUCAGGAAAGUGGAUUUCUUGUUGGAACGAAUAGUUUGGUUGGUAUGUUUUUCAGAUUUCAGAAGGACAUCUCAUAUUUUAAUAGCAACCGAUUGAAAGACCUGUACAUAACUUGUAGUUAUAUACGUAAGGCUAGGUGUUAAAGAAGGUCACAGAUGUUACGUGGGAAAGUAGUUUGACUUGAAAUAGUGGAGACUACGAAAAGUAUGAACUACAGUUCUAAAGGCGAAAGAGUCAUGCUCUUCUUACCCGGGGAGCUUCUUUCCGUACAGGCUGGAGAUUUUCAUGUACAUAUUGCUGCGUGCACAGUACAAAAAAGAAGGGUGGUAUAUUAGGUUUAUUAAAUAUGUAGAAACUGUGAAACAUCCUUACACGGAAUUUCUCAGAGAAUGCUACCCCUUUUGCUACGAAGUGAUUAAUUUACUUUUCCAAAAUUAUGACAUACCACCAGAUUGUAUGUAUUUGUAUGUAUAUCCGAUUUCUCAGUGAAUACUUUCGUCUUUCUGGUUACAUGUACUUUAAAGCAAACUUGUAAGAUUAACGUUUGCGGAAAAUAAAUAAUUUUUUAAGCACAGUUUCAAAAAAGA